CGCGCUCUCGAGCUGCUCGAGCUCCGUCCGGUUCGAGGCCGCGGCGCCGCCGCUCGCGUGCCUGCGUGUCGGUCCCGAGGACCUGAGAGCCGCACGCGGCCGCGGCUCUCCGGGCUGAGGGAACGGUCUGCGGAGUAGCGGGAAGCGCGCGACACGGGAAGUCAGCAAGAAAACGCCAUUUUGAAUCAUCCGACCGGGGUGUCCAUUAGCCUCAGAGUCUUACCGACAACAAUCCCGAACCGAACCACACGUUAGCGGCUGGUAACGGGCCUGUUCCGGUAGUUAGCAUGUUAGCACUAGCGCGAGCCGAACCAGGAGACCGGAGCCGGCCGACUGGUGCCGUCCCGAAUCAGUCCGGUCCGGUAGUCUGACUUCUGCUAGCAGCUUAAGUCAGGUACCGAACAGAACCGGGGCUCAGUCCAGGUCGAUAGAACUGUUUCGAUCAAUAAUCGAUCAUCCUGUCCGGAAGCGGCUGCUGCCUAGCACCGCACCACAUCGCAUGUGCACGCGCACCGGUGCGCACGUCCGUUUCAUAAAAGAAAGCACGAGAACUACUGACGACAGACCGCGCGCCAGGACUUCACAUGAUCCCGAUCUAUAAUCAAUAAGAGUCUCGGCGCAUGCGCACACGGCUCCUGCAGGUACGGGUGGCUCCAGAACCCAGACCUUUUGGCUAAUGAGGGACCAGAACUUCUCAUGAGGAGCAGAGUCCAGCAGGAAUGUGUGCCGCUGACCUGAGCUGAUGUCACUUCCUGUCUAACUUAUUAAGCAGAUCACAGGUGUGUACUCCGCUCCCACAUGUUUGAGUCUUUUCCCUGUUCAACACACCUGUUUUCAGUCAGCAGGUGUGUUUGAGCAGAGAAACCACUAAAACGUGCUGAGUACCGGCCCUCCAGGAACAUCAUAGAUGUUCAGAUCAGUUCAUGAAGGAGGACCUCCUGUAGCCCAGUGUGUGAGUGCUGCUCUACCUCUAGGCCCCCCUCACAUCUACGUUCACGCUGCAGGCCUCGAUGCUCAAUUCACUUUUUUUUUUUAGUAAAUCUGAUUAUUUUGCUGUCCGUUAACACGAUGACUGGAAUUCCACAUCAAACUCUCCAGUGUGAACGCUCCGCGGCCCCAAAGCGACCCGCAUGCUCAGAAGACAAGUCCCUCAGCGGAGCCGAAACCAGGAGAGUGGACUUGUGAUGAUGAUCCUGUUAACCCUCACAUUCCUGGCUGGAAACGGUUUUACUCCUUGUUCCUGUCGUCUUCCUGAGUUAUUAUUCACAGAAACUGUUCCGGUAUUAAUUUAUUCACAGAGACCAGUGAAACGCGUCACCCUGCCCUUCGCUACAGCAGCACCUGCAUGCUCUCGUGUAGGUUCAGUUCCUAAACCUAAAGCCGGGAGUCCAGACAGCCUCCUGAACGCUCCAGUCAGAGCUUCUCCUCAGGAACAUCCACACCUGACUCGGUGAUGUAGGAGACGGAUGUUCAGACUGCAGUAGCUUUCUAAAGCAUCAGGUGUGUUGGAUCAGUACCACAUAUUCCAGUGACCCGGAUCGCAUUAGAAAACAUCUGAUGUUUGCGUUAAGACUGUCGUAAAACUCAGAUGGCCGAAACCGUGAAGUAUGUGGACGAUGAACACAAGAGCAUCUUCCUGAAGCUCCUGAAUGAGCAGCGGCUGGAAGGCGAGCACUGCGACAUCGCUGUGGUCGUUGAAGACGUCAAGUUCCGCGCUCACCGCUGCGUCCUUGCGGCGUGCUCCAACUACUUCAAGAAGCUGUUCAAGAAGCAUGAGGUGGACAACUCAUCCGUGAUUGAGAUUGAUUUCAUCCGCUCAGACAUCUUCGAGGAGGUGCUGAACUACAUGUACACGGCGAAAAUUUCCGUCAAGAAGAAAGAUGUCAAUCUGAUGAUGUCAUCGGGGCAGAUCCUUGGCAUCCGCUUCCUGGACAAGCUCUGCUCUCAGAAACGCGACUUGUCCUCAGAAGAAAAGGAGAAGUUUCCGUACGACAUUGUAAAGAUGGCAUUGCCACCUGAAGCCCAGCUGGCAGCUGACUCUGAGGACUUAGGUGAACAUGAAGACACGCCCACUGAUGAUCUCAUUGAGGCUUCAGCCAAUCAGGAGCUUGACAAAUCACCAAACACAGCACUGCAUGUGCAGGAAGCCAUCUUGAAAGAACUGACCAAUGAUGAUGUACACAAGGUGGCCUGUUAUGACCAGGAUGUGGUGGCAGAAAUGGAGGCGGGGCCUAAGGACUUGGGGCCGGAGCAUCAUGCCACGCAGACAUUGACGUUUGCUGAUAGUAUGGGUGAAGUAAAGGACGAGCAGGCGCCAGGCUGGUCCACGGCUACCACCGAUAUGAAGUUUGAAUACCUGCUGUACGGACACCGAGAUCAGCUCGCCUGCCAGGUGUGUGGAAAGACCUUCUUGGAUGAAAGCAAACUCAGGAAGCACGAGAAGCUUCACUCUGCAGAACGUCCAUUCGCCUGUGAGAUUUGUGCCAAAGCUUUCACCACUCAUGCGCACCUGAAAGAACACCUGAAGAUCCACACGGGAUUCAAACCCUACAGGUGUGAUGUCUGUGGGAAAUCAUUCAUUCGAGCUCCAGACUUGAAAAAACACGAGCGAGUUCACAGCAACGAAAGACCGUUCGCCUGCCAGAUGUGUGACAAGGCGUUUAAACACAAGUCUCACCUGAAGGAUCAUGAGAGGAGACACAGAGGAGAGAAGCCCUUCGUCUGUCCAUCCUGCACCAAGGCCUUCGCCAAGGCCUCAGACCUGAAGCGUCAUGAAAACAACAUGCACAGUGAGAGGAAGCAGCUGAAUUCUCUACAGAGUGAUACAGAGACGCUGCAAGCAGCUGCCCUGGCUGCAGAGGAGCAACACCUGGAGAACAUCAGCUGCUCGUAACACCUGGAGAGCAGCAGCUGCUCGUAACACCUGGAGAACAUCAGCUGCUCGUAACACCUGGAGAGCAGCAGCUGCUCGUAACACCUGGAGAGCAUCAGCUGCUCGUAACACCUGGAGAGCAGCAGCUGCUCGUAACACCUGGAGAGCAUCAGCUGCUCGUAACACCUGGAGAGCAUCAGCUGCUCGUAACACCUGGAGAGCAUCAGCUGCUCGUAACACCUGGAGAGCAUCAGCUGCUCGUAACACCUGGAGAGCAUCAAGCUGCUCGUAACACCUGGAGAGCAUCAGCUGCUCGUAACACCUGGAGAACAUCAGCUGCUCGUAACACCUGGAGAACAUCAAGCUGCUCGUAACACCUGGAGAGCAUCAGCUGCUCGUAACACCUGGAGAGCAUCAGCUGCUCGUAACACCUGGAGAACAGCAGCUGCUCGUAACACCUGGAGAACAUCAGCUGCUCGUAACACCUGGAGAGCAUCAGCUGCUCGUAACACCUGGAGAACAGCAGCUGCUCGUAACACCUGGAGAGCAGCAGCUGCUCGUAACACCUGGAGAGCAUCAGCUGAAUAACUGGAUAUUUGCUCUUAUGUGGCGACGACCUUCUGGUCUGAACAGAAGCACAUGAGCUUACUGAAGUCUGAACUGUAAUCUAAGCUCUGCAUUGACCUAGGGCAUCAUGUUUGCUCCGUCAGCUGGUUAGAGUCUGAACCGAACCAUACAGAAACUUGUAUUUAAAGCUGUAGUGCUCAGUUUCAUGAGCAGAGGCUCUGUGUUGUGAAACAUGCCUUGGUGCCAGUGUUUCAUCAUGUCACUAAUCUACAGAAGCCCAGAAUGGACACUAAGGACCGUCUGCCAAUUGAUGAUGAAAUAAAAUCUUUUAAAGCUGCUUUUCAA